UGAAAAAUGAUAAUUGAAAACCUCGAUGCCUUGAAGACAUGGCUCUCGAAGACUCUUGAACCCAUAUGUGAUGCUGACCCUUCUGCUCUUGCGAAAUAUGUGGUUGCCUUGGUGAAGAAAGAUAAAUCCGAGAAGGAGCUGAAAGCACUAUGCAUUGACCAGUUGGAUGUAUUCCUUCAGAAAGAGACGCAGGUAUUUGUGGACAAACUGUUUGAAGCUGUGAACGCAAAGAGUUACCUACCUCAACCGGAGCAGCCGACUUCUGCAAGCAGAACUGAAACUCACCAGCGCACAGAGAAAGAUGAAACAAAGAGAGAGGAGCCCAGCCGAGACGAGGAUCGAGAAAAGAAAUUCUCCAGGAGAAUAAACCACAGUCCUCCGUCUAGCUCCAGAUACAGCCGAGACAGCAGGAGAGUAGAUGACCGCUCCAGGAAGCGAGAGUAUGACCGUAACCCACCCAGAAGGGACUCGUACAGGGAACGUUAUAACCGCAGGAGAGAACGCAGCCGCAGUUACAGUCGCAGUCGUAGUCGCAGCUGGAGUAAGGACCGCACUCGUGACCGGGACAGAGACCGAGAUCGGGACAGAGAGCGGGACCGCACCCGAUCACGAUCUCGCUCACAGAGUCGCUGCAGAAGCAGAGAGCGAGAUUCUGGAAAGCCAAAAUACGAGCACAGUCGUCCAGAGCGUCAGGAGGUCGCGACCUCCGAUGGCUACACCGCUACGCCUCUCACACCCGGGAACACCUCUGCUCAUUUCCCUGUGCCCACCCUCAGUAGCACCAUCACUGUCAUCGCCCCCACCCACCACGGGAACAACACCACUGAGAGCUGGUCAGAAUUCCCACAGGACCACACGCCCUUCGGCAGAGGCGGCCCACCAAGAAAACGCUGUCGUGACUAUGAUGAGAAAGGCUUCUGUAUGCGAGGAGACAUGUGCCCAUUCGAUCACGGAAGUGAUCCAGUGGUGGUGGAGGACGUUAAUCUUCCCAGCAUACUUCCUUUCCAGCCACCGCCUCUUCCUGGAGUGGACGGCCCACCUCCUCCGGGUCUGCCGCCCCCUCACUCACUCCUGACUCCACCAGUGAACCUCAGACCACCUGUGCCCCCACCGGGCACCAUGCCACCAAGCCUACCACCUGUAGCGGGUCCUCCGCCUCCUCUUCCUGCUCUGCAGCCCUCUGGUAUGGACGCUCCACCAAACUCCAUCACCAGCUCUGUGCCCACUAUAGUGACGUCAGGUGUCCGGCCUCCGAUCAGCCAACCUCCACCACCCCUGUUCACUUCAGUUGCCCUUCUAGAGCGAGAUUCUGGAAAGCCAAAAUACGAGCACAGUCGUCCAGAGCGUCAGGAGGUCGCGACCUCCGAUGGCUACACCGCUACGCCUCUCACACCCGGGAACACCUCUGCUCAUUUCCCUGUGCCCACCCUCAGUAGCACCAUCACUGUCAUCGCCCCCACCCACCACGGGAACAACACCACUGAGAGCUGGUCAGAAUUCCCACAGGACCACACGCCCUUCGGCAGAGGCGGCCCACCAAGAAAACGCUGUCGUGACUAUGAUGAGAAAGGCUUCUGUAUGCGAGGAGACAUGUGCCCAUUCGAUCACGGAAGUGAUCCAGUGGUGGUGGAGGACGUUAAUCUUCCCAGCAUACUUCCUUUCCAGCCACCGCCUCUUCCUGGAGUGGACGGCCCACCUCCUCCGGGUCUGCCGCCCCCUCACUCACUCCUGACUCCACCAGUGAACCUCAGACCACCUGUGCCCCCACCGGGCACCAUGCCACCAAGCCUACCACCUGUAGCGGGUCCUCCGCCUCCUCUUCCUGCUCUGCAGCCCUCUGGUAUGGACGCUCCACCAAACUCCAUCACCAGCUCUGUGCCCACUAUAGUGACGUCAGGUGUCCGGCCUCCGAUCAGCCAGCCUCCACCACCCCUGUUCACUUCAGAUUCAUUUGAGCCAGAGGUGUAUAAUCCUGAAGCCCCCAGCAUGACCUCACGACCCAUGUACAGACACAGAGUCAACGCUCAGCGGCCCAAUCUGAUUGGUCUGACCAUGGGAGAGGUGGAUCUGCCUCCUCGAGAGAAAAUGUCUAACAGCAACAGCGCUCGGAUAGUUUUAGAGUCAGACUUCAGGAAGAGAGGAGCGGGACUGCAUGAUGGAGCGAUUCCUGCAAAGAAACCCUGGUUUGACAAACCAAACUUCAACAAACCCAACGACCACGGCUUUCACAGGAAAGUGCCCUACUCUUCAGCAAACACCAAACUGGCCAUCCGUCAGAUUCCUCCUGAACUCAACAACAUCAGCAAACUAAACGAGCACUUCAGCAAGUUUGGCACCAUCGUCAACCUCCAGGUGGCAUAUAAUAAUUACCCAGAUGGGGCGCUGAUCCAGUUUGCCUCUCCUGAAGAAGCCAAACGGGCCAUGCAGAGCACAGAGGCAGUGCUCAACAACCGCUUCAUCAGAGUACACUGGCACAGAGAGGACGCAGUGGAGCACACAUACACCACGCCACAUCUGGUAUCAAAUCCUCCAGUAAACAUAGCUUUACAGAUCAGCGGUUUCACUGAGGCAGAUCGAGUUGACCUGCUGCCACACUUCGCACAAUACGGGGAGAUUGAAGAUUGCCAGAUGGAGGAUUCUAGUCCUAGUGCCAUCAUUACAUACAAAACCCGUGCAGAGGCUGAACAGGCGGCCAUCCACGGCGUUCGGUUAAAUAACCAGGAGCUGCGUUUGGCCUGGCACAAGCCCACGGCUUCCCUCAACACAACAGACCUGGAUGAGGUUGAACCUGAGGAUGAGGAGCUGCUGAUAUCUAAGCUGGAGAAGAACAAGUCCAUGAAGACGGAGGAUAAGGCUCAGAUCAUGCUGACCCUCACCACCCUCACCAACAGCAUCACCAGACUACAGGAGCAGAUGAAAGGACUGUCCAGUGCUAAUGCCCUCAGGACCACACUCAAGAGCAAAGCUCAGGCUCAAAAGGAGCUCCUGGACACAGAGUUGGACCUUUAUAAGAAAAUGCAAGCAGGAGAGGACACUGCUGAACUCAAGAUCAAAUACACUCAGCUGCAGUUAGAGGCUGCCAAAAGGGGGCUUCUGACCCCAGGACGUGGGAGGGGGGCCCACGGCAGGGGUCGGGGGGCCCUGAGGAGCCGAGGCCGAGGGAUUCGAGGACGCGGGAGAGGAGUCCCAACUCACGCUGUGGUGGAUCAUCGACCCAGAGCUUUACAGAUCAGCGGUUUCACUGAGGCAGAUCGAGUCGAUCUGCUGCCACACUUCGCACAAUACGGGGAGAUUGAAGAUUGCCAGAUGGAGGAUUCUAGUCCUAGUGCCAUCAUUACAUACAAAACCCGUGCAGAGGCUGAACAGGCGGCCAUCCACGGCGUUCGGUUAAAUAACCAGGAGCUGCGUUUGGCCUGGCACAAGCCCACGGCUUCCCUCAACACAACAGACCUGGAUGAGGUUGAACCUGAGGAUGAGGAGUUUCCAGAUGAUUCGCUCUUGGAUGAUUCCCUGCUGCAGGAUGAUGACGAAGAGGAAGAAGAUAAUGAGUCGCGCUCAUGGCGCAGAUGAAGAUGAAGUCGUGUGUCCAGUCCUGCUGCACUGCACCACUCGAGCGCAUCGGAUCUUGAGUUCUGUGUUUUUGAAAUGGUUGUUUUUAAUAAUAUUGAUUUACAUUUCAUUGGCUUUUUUAUUUUACUUAUCAAACCUGAGCAGCAAAUAGAAAACGUUACUCAAAAGGCUGUGAAUUUCAAUUAUUGAGAUGUAGAAUAACAUGAAUGAUUUGGUUUCUCGCCGUCAUCGUUUUGUUUUGUAUCGUGUCAAAACAUUGACUAACUUGGCGGCUGCAUUGUUUUUUUGUUUUUAUGGUCAGUAUGUUGACCCAAAUUUCUUUUCAACAGUUCUGAAAAUGUUACAUUUUGAGACAAAUAUUGGAAAUAUUGCAAAUGUUUCAAUUUCAAAGACAACAGUAGAGCAUUGUUAUAAAUAAGUUGUAUGCUUUCCUUAGUAUAAUCAGCCUGAUGAGGAUGUAGCUCUUUGUGUACAUAUUUUAUGUAUCAAUUUUAAUGGUUUGUAUGAAUUCUUUGCUUCUGGAUUCAUCUCCUGGGUUUAAUUUUGAAAUGUAAAAAAAUAAAGAAUUGAAAUGGUCUAGAAAAAAUAUCAGCUGCAAAAAAAAAGAAAAAAAAUAUUGAGAGCUCUGCUGCAAAAGCAGCAUUGAGAAAAAAAGAGAAAAAAAAAUCUGAACAGCU